GCCAGGAGUCUCCAGGGUUAUUGGGAAGAGCUGCAGUGGAGCACAGAAAAGAUGAAGUACUUUGAGGCGGUUCCAAACCCACGAUACAGAGCAUCUCAGAACCUGCCAGACUGGACCAAGCUGCUCACUACCCUGAAGUCAAAGAACAAGAAGGCUUCUAACUAUCUACGUCACAUUGAGGAGAACACUAAACAAGUUCUGUCGAUGGUGGACAGCUGGAAUCUUGACCAGAAAGUGGUUCCGUUGUUCCAGGAGGAGGACAGCCAGCAGAGGGCGCUCAUAGGCCUGAUGGUGGACAAGCUGAGAGAGCACCUCAACAGACACCUGCCUCGCCUGGGGAAGAAGAAGAUCGACGUGCUGGUGGUGAACUACGUGGCCAAGCUGCUGGAGCUGAUCAGACGCAUGCUGGAGUCUGUGUGGCUGAAGUACAAACUAGGCCCUCUGGUGCUGUGCUUAAAGCAGCGGGGAGUUCAGCAGAGUGGGCCGUGUUUCACACACACCUUCCUGCAGUACGUUGACCAUGGUGUGCUGCAGCUCACCGAGACCUUCGUCUCACGACUCAUGACAG